AUGACUACCCCUGUCGUUCGACUCGUUUCAGAAAUUUUCGUCAACUCUCACCCCUCCAACGAAGUCUCCAACCAAAUCUACAAUCUAACUCCUUGGGAUAUUGUUAUGCUUUCUUCCCACUAUAUACAGAAGGGUUUGCUCUUCAGCAAGCCUGCAACUAUUCUAGAUCAACAACAUUUCAUGGAGAAUCUGUUGGAGAAGCUCAAGCACUCCCUUUCUCUCACCCUCUCCCAUUUCUAUCCAUUGUCCGGUCGCCUUGUCACCCAUAAAACCCAACUCCCUCCCUCUUAUACUAUUUUUGUUGAUUGCAACAACAGUGAUGGAGCUAGAUUCAUCUAUGCAACCUUGGAUAUGACCAUAUAUGAUAUUCUCUCUCCCGUUGAUGUCCCUCCCAUUUUUCAAUCAUUGUUUGACCACGAUAGAGCACUCAACCAAGAUGGUCACAGCAUGCCGCUGUUGUCCAUCCAAGUCACUGAAUUGGUGGAUGGUGUUUUCAUAGGUUGUUCCAUGAACCACUCUAUUGGUGAUGGAACUUCUUAUUGGAAUUUCUUUAACACAUGGUCUCAGAUCUUUCAAGCUGAAAGCCAUGAAUAUGAUGUUCCCAUCUCACACCAACCCAUUCACAAUCGUUGGUUUCCAAAUAAUUGUAGUCCGCCAAUCUCUCUUCCUUUCAAACAUCACGACGAGUUUAUCGAAAGAUUUGAAGCACCCUUGCUGAGAGAGAGAGUUUUCCACUUUUCAGCAGAGUCUAUUGCGAAACUUAAAAGAAAGGCCAACCUAGAGUCUAAUACCACCAGCAUCUCAUCACUCCAGUCAUUAUCAGCACUUGUUUGGAGAUCCAUAACUCGUGCGCUCUCCCCACAGUCUGACCAAAAAACAAGUUGCAGAUUAGUCGCAAACAAUCGAUCAAGAAUGGAGCCGUCUCUGCCUACUGAAUACUUUGGCAACUGCCUUCAUGCAGUGAGUGGAGAAACGACAGCAGGGGAAUUGCUUGAGAAUGGCAUAGGAUGGGCAGCAUGGAAGUUGCACGUGGCUGUUGCAAACCUUAACUUUACAGUAGUGAUGCAAUUCCUCCAAAGGUGGUUAGAUUCUCCUUUCAUAAUUCAGACCGAUCGUUUCUUUGACCCCUAUAGUGUGAUGAUGGGAAGCUCACCCAGAUUCAACAUGUAUGGAAAUGAAUUUGGAAUGGGAAAAGCGGUGGCGGUUAGAAGUGGGUAUGCAAACAAAUUUGAUGGGAAAGUGACUUCAUAUCCAGGGCAUCAAGGAGGGGGAAGCAUCGAUUUGGAAGUUUGCCUCUUGCCACAUAUAAUGAGUGCUCUCGAAUCAGACAAAGAGUUUAUGGAUGCAGUUUCUGUCUAA